AUGAGUCAAUAUACGCUCCGUGAUCGUCGUGAGCACGGGAUCAACGGCACCGAGCCUCGCGUGAACUACGAGAUCACAUUCGAGGGCGAGAAAAACCCCGCACAACUUCUCGAGGAAUACAACAACAUUCUGCUUAAGGAGCUGCCCAAGGAACGCUAUGACCGUUGGCUUGGUUACCGACUCGGAGACCUGCUCAUCUAUUACCAGAACUUCACGGACUUUACCGAAGUUCCGCUGAAGUUCCGAGUCCUCAAUCUGACAUGGACGGAGGAUCUGGCGUCUUCCAACUCGCCGAAAUUCAGACUGCACGCUGAGCGGUUCUGCAUGGAUAUCAACCGAUUGUUGCGCGCAAGACCCGAUUUAUUCACUCAAUACGAUAAAUGCAAGGUUGUACAGUUUGGCAAGAGCCCAGUCAGCGUCGAGAUUCUGCUGGAGUUCAUGGGCAGGGUUUCCAUACUGGCCAUGCAGCAAUUGGCGGCCACGGUGAUUUUCGAAGACACGCCUAGAUACCGUCAUAACCAAGUCGUCGGUCAUCUUAUUGGAGAUCUGCUGGUCUAUUAUGCCGAUCUUUUGCUGUACCACUACAAUAUUCCGUUCGAUGCCUGGUUGUACAACAGCACUCAGAAGAUGUACGGCUAUCCAUGGCGUGAUGAGGAACAACUGUGGGACAGCAGUUCGCCGAAAUUCAAGGAAAUUGAAGCUGCUUUCUUUAACGAGAUGGACAGAGUGUUCAAAGCUGCCCCUAUUGCUGUUAAUCCCAACAAGGAACGCUAUUACCGCUGCUUCAUUGACAAUUUCCAGCGUAACUUCGACCCAGAGGCACCUGUGUCGUUCACGUACUCGCUGGUGUUUAACGGCACUGAGUCGCUGAUUAAGCAAGAAAUAGACGACAUGAUCACCGCCAACAUCGAGGUGUACGACAUUGGCACCAGCAAGUGGUUCCUCAUUGGCCAACAGUGGCUCAUCACGAUACAAUACGCACAUGCGCUGAACCCCGUUUUCCAAAGUGAGAUGUUUACAGGAAACAUGUGUAAUGUCGUUUACUUUGCCUUCAAGCUUGACGGUCAAUACAAAAAUCGUGCCGAGCUUGAGUACCUUAGUUGUGGAGUCAAACGAUUUUACACGGAACCUGCACGUGGAACCCAGCACGUGGACUUCAUCCUUACCUUCCGCGGUGACAAGGCCAACGACCCCGCGCUGCGAAACAAGAUUAUCGACAUUAUUAUUGAGAACGCCCACCGCGAGGCGAUCAACAACAGAAUAGCCCUCGUGGUUGGGCCUCUAUUCGUGGCUGAAGACUUCGAUUUCGAUACAGGCGGAAAGUUUGACCGCGGAUCAACCACGUCGCCAUUAGCCAACCCAUGCGCCCCGGACAAGUCCGGCGUUACUCUUCCUGACCCCAAUGACAAAGCGAGCUACCAGGGAUCCGGUAUCGCGUCCAAGUGCAGCUCGCCAAAGGUGUUUGAUGCGAGUAAGAGCGUGUGCGUCAACCCGUAGUCAUGGAAAUGAUCGAAUGACCUGGAUGUAUUAGAGACGACAAAGUGUAAGCAAAUAAAAUGAUUUCUGAAGAAAGACAUUACAAAAAGACAUUGCAGUGAAUACAAUACAGAACUGCCUUAAUGAAAAGUACGGUGUAGUAGUUUUUAUAAAGAAAGACGAAUAUAUUUUCGACGUUUUAUGUUUUUUUCAAUGAUUUCACAUUCAAUGAUUUAUGUCAAAAUCUUAAUAUUGUCUAUGUACACAUGUUUCGUUUACUUAUUGACCUAUAAAUAUAUAAAUUAAUUGAUGAUUUGUAUGUUUGAUUUACCAAUAUUUGAUGUUAUGAAGUGUAAUUUAAUAAAAUCGACAGAAAUA